GUUGAUCAUAACUGUAACUCAGCUGUGAUUUGCUGUGCGACUAGACAGGCAACUGUAAUUCAUGUAGUGAGAUCUUAAGUGGGUUUGCUCGCCUCAACCCUAAUCUCUGGCUCUUAUUAAACGUGGACCAAAUAACCUGGAGAGCUGUGCGCAUCGGCACCAGUUCCACACGCUGCUAUUUUAGCUGUUUUUAUGCUGCUUUUCCUUUCACUGUUAGAAGUGCGAGAAACUUUAAAAAGGAAAUAUAUUUUUUCCAUUUCCAGACGCGUUAGAAAGUUAUUCCUGUCGGCUUUUUUUUUUUUUUUUUCUUUUCCAAGAUUGUGUCCUUUGUUUUGCGCGUUGGAUAUGUGGUGGAUGCUGUUUCCCCGAUGGAUUUGGUUUGUUCUGGGACAUUUUUACACUUUUCUCCUUUUUAUGGACAGCUGUCGUGUAAAAGCUAUGCCUAUGUCAUCAGUUGCAAAAGUGGUGUAUUCACACGCAGGUAUGUGUCCGAACGAACUGAACCCCAACCUGUGGGUGGAUGCUAUGAGCACCUGCAUGCGAGAGUGUGAAUCUGACCAGGACUGUGAGACAUUUGAGAAGUGCUGUCCUAACGUGUGUGGAAACAAGAGCUGUGUGGCAGCACGGUACAUAGACAUCAAGGGUAACAGGGGCCCCAUUGGAAUGCCAAAGGGCGCCACCUGCGACAAGUUCAUGUGCUCCCAGCAAGGGUCUGAGUGUGACAUCUGGGACGGCCAGCCUGUGUGUAAGUGCCGAGACCGGUGUGAGAGGGAGCCUCACUUCACAUGUGCAUCAGACGGCAUGACCUAUUAUAACAAGUGCUACAUGGAUGCAGAGGCCUGUUCCAAGGGUAUCUCUAUCUCUGAGGUCACCUGCAGGUAUCACCUGACCUGGCCAAACACCAGUCCAAUCCCAGCAGAGACCACCCUACAUCCCACCACUGCCCUCCAGACCACCCUUCCCGCUGACAUCCAGCUCCCUGCCAUACACAAUGGCCCCACUCAGCAGGCAGUUUUUGUGGGUGAGACAGCCAGCUUCCUGUGCGAGGUAUCUGGGAAGCCACAUCCGGAAAUCACCUGGGAGAAGCAGCUGAAGGGCAAAGACAACGUCAUAAUGAAACCGAAUAACGUCAGAGGCAAUAUCGUAGUCACUAACAUCGGCCAGUUGGUCAUUUACAACGCGCAGCUCCAGGACGCCGGUAUUUACACCUGCACAGCCAGAAAUGUUGGGGGAAGUGUAUCAUCACAUUUCCCCUUGGUGGUGAUCAGGAAAGAGGCGAAAGGUAAGAAUUCAGUGGGGAACAGCACCAACCUGCCAUUCCCAGCCGAAGAGUGUCUUAAGAGUCCGGACACCGACGACUGUGGAGAAGACACCAUGAGCUGGUACUACGAGUCAAAGAGGAACAACUGCUUCACCUUCACCUACAGUCAGUGCAAUAAGAACCGGAAUCACUUUGACAGCUAUGAAGCUUGCAUGUUGUCAUGUGGAGGAGAUCUGUCAGCUCCAUGCAGCCUACCGAGCGCACAGGGGCCGUGUAAAGCCUACGAGCCUCGCUGGGCUUACAGCAGCAGCCUCAAAAAGUGUCACUCCUUCGUGUAUGGAGGCUGCGGCGGCAACGAGAAUAACUUCGAGUCCAAAGAGGCCUGUGAAGAAAUGUGUCCUUUUCCAAAGAACCAUAACUGCAAGAUGUGUAAACCUCGAGGUAAGAUGGUCGCCAGCUUCUGCAAAAGCGACUUCGUGAUCCUGGGGCAUGUGACGGAGCUUACAGAGGAGCAAGAGUCAGGCCACGCUUUGGUGACAGUGGAGGAGAUCUUGAAGGAUGAGAAGAUGGGUCUGAGGUUCUUCGGUAAAGAACCUCUGGAGGUGACUCUUCUGAACAUGGACUGGAACUGCCCUUGUCCCAACAUCACUGUCGCUGACGGACAACUGAUCAUCAUGGGAGAUGUUCACAACGGGAUGGCCAUCCUGCAGCCGGACAGCUUUGUAGGUUCCUCCAGCGCUCGUAGAAUCAGGAAGCUCCGUGAGGUUAUCCACAAGAAAACCUGUGAUUUUCUUAAAGAUUUCUCUGCCGCCCAGUAGAGAUUAUAUUCUAAUCAUCCUGACUUCUAAGCUUCAGUGACCUCACAAGUCUCACUGUUCUGUUGCCUGUUUAACAUUCAUUUCACUUUCUUGUUCCUUACU